CGGAAGUAUCCGGACUAGCCCAAUGACUCCAAAAACAUGCUUUCGUCGCUUCUAAAUCAUCUGGACCCCGCACAGCAUGAUGAGGAAACGUAAACUUGAAGAUGAAAACCUGAUAAGUAGGUUCUCACAACGAGCACAAGGGCACGCGACAGUCGGCGAUGGAUCAAAGUCUUUCUGAGGUCGGUCUCCAGAACUAUUACCAGCGACUCGCCGAUCACGGUUUGAUAACACAGUCACAAUCAAGUCAAGCACCCGAGAUACCUAUUUCACCACCCGCGCCUGAUCAUCCUCGCUGUCCAAUCUGCUCGCACCUCCUUGUCACAUGUCAUGGUUGUUCGAAUGUGACCUGCGAUAACAGUUACUGCAAAGGCGCUAACCUGGUUACUUUUGUGUCCUCGUGUCAAUCAUGCUUUUCGACCCUUGCGAAGACAAAAAAAUGCAGCCAGCACGAUUGUUCCUCUCGCGCACAUUUUACUGGUGGCGUAAUCUGUCCUGAUUGCGUCAAACCCACGGACGGUCACAUAGUUUGUCUCUGCGGGGACAGCUGGAUUUGUGGCGCAUGUGUCACUCACAAGAAAAUUCUGAACGACUGUGGACGCUGUCCAAAAUGUCAGAACUGUUUUUGUUUUAUCUGGUGCAGAUACAUCGACGUGUGCGCGGACUGCCGCAAGAUGACGCUAUGCAACGAUUGCAUGGAAGAAGACUUAUCUGACAGGGAGAAGUCUUUAUUCGCAAACAAGAGCGCAUUCCUUGUAGCGACGUGCGAAGAAUGUCGGGGUAGAAUCUGUAUGGACUGCUUUGAAGAGCGGGAAUCCCGUUGUGAAUCUUGUAACACUGUUCAUUGCAGAGAUUGCAUUGACCACGAAGAAUGUCCGGGUUGUGGGGCAUUUAUGUGCAUUACUUGCGCCUCGGAAGAUGUGUGUCAGAAGUGCGAGGAAAACUUAUAGUUUUAUACGGGGCAACUUCAGGAAACCCACAGUCGAGCGAAGUUUCGACCAG